AAAAGAUCAGCAUGUAUACAAAGUUCAGUGGAGAACAGGUUAGCUGAGACAGGUGGGAACUCCUAAUAGGAAGAAAUAGUGCAUAGAAAUCAUUGUAAGAAACCAGGUCUGCCAGGCAUGUGGAAUCUCUAUGAGGGGUUAUUACUCUUGCUGCUAUGUGUCAUCAUUUUUAAAUAUCUAAAAAUUAUAUGGGCAGCAAGAAACCUUCCUCCUGGACCUAUCCCUGUACCUUUAAUAGGGAAUUUGUGGACACUAAACUUCCAAAUCCAUCCAGAGACGCUUAUAAAGCUUGCUAAACUCCAUGGUAAUAUCUAUACGUUGUGGCUUGGUGAGACUCCACUGGUGGUGCUAAAUGGCUGCAGAGCUGUAAAAGAUGGCAUUGUGUCUCAUUCUGAGGAGUUAUCAGGUCGUCCUGUGGCUGGCUUUUUAAGGGCAAUUCUUCAUGGAAAAGGUAUAGUAACAUCUAAUGGACACAUGUGGAAACAGCAUAGACGUUUUGCGUUAAUGACUCUAAGAAACCUUGGGCUUGGAAAAUGUGGCCUGGAGUCACGUAUAAAAGAAGAAGCUUGCUGUCUGGUGGAGUUAUUUAAAACCAAGAAUGGAGAACCUUUUGAUCCCUCAGAGAUGAUUACCAAUUCUGUAGUAAAUGUAAUUUCUGCUGUGGUUUUUGGACAUCGUUUUUCGAUUGAUGAUGGGAUUUUUCAAAACUUGGUCAAAUGUAAUCAUAGUCUACUUGAGAUUAUUGGCUCAGCAUGGGGAAGGCUAUAUGACUCUUUUCCAUGGCUAAUGAAACAUCUACCCGGCCCUCAUCAGAAAGCCUUUGAAAUUAUGGAACAUUUACAUCAGUUUACAGACAACGAGAUCCGAAUUCAUAAGGAGAAUGGAUCAUUAGAGGAACCUCAAGAUGUCAUUGACUACUAUCUGGCCCACAUUUCAAAGAUAGAAGGUGAAAAAGAAUCAAUUUUUAAUGAGGACAGUCUGAUUGCAUUAGUUAUUGAGUUUUUUAAUGCUGGAACUGAAACCACAACCACCUCUCUGCAGUGGGCCUUAUUAUGCAUGGUGGCCUAUCCUGAUGUGCAAAAAAAGGUGCAUGAAGAACUAGAUGCUGUCCUUAAUGGGCCAGUAAUUUACUAUGAAGACAGAAAGCGGCUACAUUACACUAAUGCAGUCAUCCAUGAGAUCCAGCGUUUUGGGAGUGUAGCAGCUGUAGGACUUGCAAGAACCUGUAUACGAGAUGUCAGUAUCAGCGGGUACUCUUUGCACAAGAAUACAAUGGUUUUGGCUAACCUGGAUUCUGUGCUGCGUGAUUCUCAACACUGGAAAACUCCUUAUCAGUUCAACCCUCAUCACUUUCUGGACAAAAAUGGGAAAUUUUCAGCAAAUGAGGCAUUUUUGCCAUUUUCUGCUGGUGCCCGAGUAUGUAUCGGAGAACAGCUUGCCCGCUAUGAGCUAUUUAUAUUUUUCACAAUCCUCAUGCAAUCAUUCAGCUUUCAUCUUCCAGAAGGAGUUACAGAAGUAAACACCCAAUAUGUCUUUAAGACCAACCUGCAGCCCCAUCCUUAUAAGAUUUGUGCUGUACCUCGAUAGUAUCUGCCAAAUACAGAUGCAACUUUAGAUAUGGAAGGUUGUUUAACUGCUAUGGGGCUCAGCAGCCUGAAUAUUGAUAAAUGUAUGUCUGCAUAAUGAUCUACCCAGGCAGAAACAAAUAAAGCUUGCUAAACAUUA